AUGAAGGCCCCCACUGCUCCCCCACCCCCGGUCGCGCGCUCGCCGUCGUCGUCGGGGUCGGACGCGGAUCCCAUGCCUGGUAGCACCAUCCGCCACGCCGCACCCUUGACCUUCAUGCCCUCCGAGAACAUGCACAAAGGCACGAUCCACGCCGUCAACACCCUCGUCGGAAGCCGGCGCUCGUGGAAGACGAUGCCACAGGGGAAGGAGCCCGUGUGGCCGCCACAGCUCGAGGCCGCUCUCGUUGAAGGCCUGGAUAAGUAUCGUCCUGGUUCUACGAUGGAGACCCGUCAUCUCCGCCGCUUCCCGAAGCGCAAUCGGUACAUCAGCGACUUCAUCCUCCACACCACGGGCAAGUAUCGCACGCCCAAGCAAGUCGGCAGCCGCCUCCAGCAGCUGCGCGACACUUGCCACGACCCGCGAAUUCUGCACCUAGUGCAACGCAAGGAGUAUCCUCCCCUGGAGCCCAGUGAUCAACAGAACCCUCCGUUGUCGUCUCUCCUACCCCCAAUCCCACCGAUGGCCGUGUCGCUCCCACGCAAGGAGCCCAAGGUCGCGUCCUCGCCGCCGUCGACCCAGCCGAACCCGUCCUUCGUCGGCGGCGAACAGUCCGCUAAUGAUCGCACGUGGCGGGUUCGCGAAUCAACAUCCGAUAACCAGCAGCAAGCUCCGUACCUGUCCAUGUCUCCUCGCGAAACGGGGCCCUCUCAGUCUGUGCUCGACCUCGGCAUUGACCCGUCCGCCGUCCGGCACGAGCAGGCCACCGAGGCCGCACCCAAGAAGGAGGAGGCUGAGCCCGCGCCGACCCAGAUCCAUCGGAGCACCAUCUGCGUCGAGAUGGCAUUCCGGGUGGCGCCUGUUGUGCUGACGUCGCCUACCUACGGUGUCGUCGGUCUGCAGGGCACGCGCGCGAGUGACCUGGAGCGCCUCGGUGGCCCAUUGGAUGAGAUUGCGCACUACGUCAAGGCAGAUGCGCCGAAGGACUUGUCAACGAGUGGACCGGAAGUCUCUUUCAUCUCGCCGUGGGCGCCUAAGAGCUGGUGCUCCAGGUUCACCGUCUAUAUCGACGGCACGGAGGUGCAUCGUGAGGAGGUCGACGUAUACCCCAAGGCCGAGCCGGCCAACAUGUACAUGAGCUACCUGGUGCCCUCCUACUGGGCGGUCCUUUGCCACCAUUAUGAUCUCCACCACUGCAUCAUAUUGCAGGACAUUGUGGACCGUGAUACAAGCCGUAUCAUCUGUGGCAUGCGCUACAUCUUCCGGGAUACGAACGCGCUGCCUCCCCCUCCUGCGCCCACGAACAUCGAGCAGUGGCGCCAGUCCACCGUCGCCGGAGCGCCGUACGAGCAGCCCUACCCGCCGUCGCAGGAGCUCCCAACUGCUCAGACGAUGCCGCCGCCGUACGCUCAGACGUGGACCCACCCCCAGCUGCCCCCGGGUUGGCCAGAGGACAAGGUAUAUCACUCUUCCUAUUCGGUGCGGCAGCCGCAGCCGCAGCACGCGAAGGGGGCUUUCCUCACGGAGUACAACGCGCCGCCCUCACCGCCGGAGAGCUGGCAGGCGGGCAGCACGGAGGCGUACCAGCAGGGUGCGGAGGCGCAGACGCCCGCCGACCCGGCGGCCGCCUAUGCGUCGCCGUACCCCGCGUCGCCCGGGCACUUCCCCGAGUUCCCCUCUGCGGCCCCGCCGCCGUCGUGGGCCUACGCAGACCCGACGCAGUCGCAGCAGUGGGGACAAUAG